AUGCAAGAAACUAACAUUGUUUACAUAUUGGGAGAUAAAGAAAUUGAUAAAAUACAAAUCCUCAAAGGAUUAAAUGUUAACGAUAAUAAAGAAUAUACUAUCAAUACUAAAUACUAUUCAGCAAAUAUAAAUAUUGAAACUAUUGAUCUUGAUAAAGAAAAUAGUUUUGUAAAAUUCAAUCACAAUGAUCAUGUAUCUGCAAUAGUUUUAGUUUUUGAUUCAUCAAAACCAGAAUCAUUCAAUUUUAUUAAAUCAUAUAUUACAAAUAAUAAAAAGAUUGAAAAAUAUAAUGAUGACGAAGAUGAGGAUGAUGAAGAUGAUAAAGUGGAUGAUCAUGAGGAAGAAUUAGAUACAAACGAAAUUUUAUAUAUUUUAGUUGACAUAAAUAAAUCAAAAAAUGAAAUGGAAGAUCAAAUUGAACAAUGGUGUAUUGAAAAUUUAAUUGAAUGGGUUAUAUUUGAUUCAAAUUCUCAUAAAGAAUAUGAUAUUAGAAAAUCGGAUUUAACUGAAAUUGAUGAAAAAGUUAAAUAUGGUAUUGAAAGAUUAAUUGAAAUUUUAGAAUCAAAUAUGUGGCCAAAAAUGGAAUUAAAGAAAAAUAAUAGUUUAAAAAAAGAAAUCAAAGAGGAUGAUAACGAAUAUCCAUCAAUAAAAAAUGAUAAAUUUUUACAAGAUUCUUUAAAAAAGGUUGAAGGUUUCUUUAAGAAAUCAGCCACAUCAACAACAACAACAACAACAACAACAACAACAACCACCACAGAAAACAAUAAUAAAGAUAAUAAAAAAGAAACCAAAGUUAAAACCAAUGGAUUAUCAAUUGAAGAGGACCAAGAUGAAGUCGAUAAUGAAAAUGAUGAUUCUCAAGUGAUGGAAAAUACAUUCAAAGAACUUCAAUCACUUAGAGAACAUAUGAAAAAUUUACCAGAUGAACAAAGAAGAGAUGUGGCAGCAAAAGUUGCAAUGAUGUUUGCAUCUUCUUUAAAUUUUGAAGAUGAUUAA